AUGGUGACCAGAGUGUUCACAAAAGUGUUCACAGCAGUAGUGGCCCAGAUGAGAUGCCAUGGGUUUAUGGCAGUCCUGUAUCUGGAUGACUGGCUCCUGGUGGGACAAUCUUUCCCAGAAGUUGUCUCAGCAAGCAGGGAGAGAAUAAAUCUGAAAGCCCAGAGCUGGCUGCUGGAAAUAGGAAGCAGCAGAAGUAACUCAGUCCGAGCUUCAGGGAGGAGAGUGAGAGGCAGGGGGGGGGGGGUGUUCUUCUGUUUCUCUUUUGGACUGGUGGAGCUGGUCACACAUUCAAGAAAUCAUGAAUACGAAGAUGGCUCUUUCCCCACCUCACAACUGCCUAUUUCUGGCAUAUCUACAUACCCUGAGUGGUCUCCUGUAUCACAGGAGGAUUGGGAGACAGAGAAACUCCAGGAGGAAACCCCAGACCAUCUUUCAAGCACUGUAACUUCACAUCAACGAGAGACAGAUGAUUCAGAAGCAGGAAAACCACAGUCUAGAAAUGGGAACUGGUGUUCCUUCGUGAAGACCCAGCUGGUCACAUACGCUGCUGCCUGCAAGAAAGAAAAAUAUGUGAUUAAAUCACAACAACCUUGUUCAAAUGGAGCCCCCGACUGCCAGAAAAUCAUGUAUAGGGCAACUUUGAAGCCCGUGUACCAUGUGAAGCAGAAGCUUUUAAACUCUUUGCACUGGAAAUGCUGCCCUGGUUAUACUGGCAAGAACUGUGAAGACCAUGUGCUUGCUAACCAUACAGAAGGACUGGAAGAUGGAGAAGAGGUCUCAAACGAAAUGGUGCAAUCACUGCAGGGCGAAGAAAUUAUGAAAACCAUUCAGAAUCAUGAGGCACUUCUGGAAGAUCUUCAGAAUGAUAUCCACCAAGCAGCCGGAGAUUUGAAGAAACUAUUUGAAAACAACCUUACCACUGUGACAUCAAAAAUGAGCCAAAAUAAAUCUGAACUGCCUGAAAGGCUCCUUCAGCAAAUGCUGUUUCCCCAUAUGGAGAGUUUUCUAAGAGAUCAUUUUAACCCAAUGUGGGCAAGCUUCAAUAAAAGCUUACAUAACCUUUCCAGCAUGAUAAGGAACUUGUCCAAGGAUGUGGAAUCCAAUAAAAAAAGCAUAGAAAAAUUCCAAGAAAGCACUGUGCCCAAGAAGGAAUUCCAGGAGCUAGGAACUAAGUUUGAAUCAAAAGUUCAAGAAAAUGUAGUGAGAUUGGACCAGCUGAAGAGAGAAAUAGGCAAUCAUCUACACCUACAACAGGCUACCAUUCACUACAAUCUCACCAUGAACAAGGCUGACACUGAUAUGAAACUCAAGAGGUAUCAUAAGAUACAGCAGUCCCAUUUGUUAGCUUUGAACAAUAGCAUGGCAGACAUGAAACAAGAGCAAGAAAACCUUGAAGAUGAACUUGAGACUUUGAAUAGAAACUUAACAGAACUCUCUUUAUACUAUGACAACAAAGAUGAAGCUACCUGGCUAUCCAUAAGGCAACUCAAUGAGACUCUGAUAGGGCAUGCAAAGCAGCUUGAAGAAUUAUACAAGGAAUCAGAUGAGGCCUUUGAGGAUAUUACUAAUUUAGAAAAAUGGGUUAAGGACUUAAAAGCCAAGUCAAAGCAUGAAGCAGAGGAGUUCAGAGUGUCUUUAAUGGAGAAAUCACUUAUUAUAGAAGAGAACAAAGCAGCUCUGGAAAGGCAGAUAUUGGAGCUCAACUAUACCCUCUCAAAUCUUCAAGAAAGCCACUGGGAUCUCGUUAAGUACAUGAGAGACUGCAAUUGUCAUAAAGUAUCUUCUGACAUGGACAUACCAGAAGAAGAUAAAAAGAAUAUCACCCGUUCUCCAGAGGACAUCCAGCUAAUCUCAAAGGAAGUGCAACACCUACAGAUGGCUUUCAAGGAUCUCUUGAGGAGUGAAAUUGAAGAGCUGUCCAGGGCUUUUCAUUCUACCCACCAGUCUCUUGGUUACCAACAAGAACAAAGCAGAGAAUUGAUGGACAACUUGUCUCUUCUUAAAUCCCAGAUUAAGAUUUUGUCAGAAGAUACUGGGUUCCUGAAGAAGAAAUAUGAGGAAAUUAAUGGUCACAUCAAGUAUCUCAAUAGCUCUUUCAAUUCUCUUUUGGAAGAUGCAAUGCGGCAUGAAACAGCAUUAGAGGCUUUGUUGGGAGCAGAGAUUAUGGAGGUCUUGUCUGAAGAAAACCCUAGUAUCCUAAUAUCAUCAGUAGCUCAACUGCAAGACAUUCUCAGACACACCUCAGAUAAAGUCAGAGAGCAAAAUGUGACUUUAGAAUCCCUUAAAAAGAGAUUCAGUUUCCUGGAGAUGGGUCGUGAGAGUCACCAUGAUGCUCAGAAUGUUCCCAAAUACCCUGAACAUAAAAAGCAAACACACACGCUGGAGGAAGUCAGGCGCCCACACAGCAAUGUAGAACACAUGGAGCCUAACCAUGAGGCUUCCAGGGAUGACUCUGUAGAUAAUCCAGCAUAUAAUGAUAUCAUGACACUAAAAAAAGAGAUUAAAUGGUUAAGUAUGGAGAUCAGCAGACAUCAGUCAUGGAGGGAUGAUAGCAAGCACUGCUGCAAUCAUACCAUGGUAAAUCUAGUGGAACCACUCAGCAUUUCAGUGCAGAUUCUAAGGGAAGACUUAGCGAACACCAAGCAGAGUUUUGAAGAUCAUCUACAGAUUUUUCAGAAACUGUUUGGAAGUAAUGAAGAAUUAGCUGCCUCAAACAUAACUCUGGAUAUUGCAAAGAUUCAGUCACUGAUGACUAAAAAGAUGAGGAGGCAGCAAAAAGGUCACGAGAAGCAAAAAAGGAGAGACAAGAAACAGAAAGAGGAGAGCAGAGAACACAUGCAAACUAUAAAUGGAAGAAAUAAAACAGAGGCUGAGCUUUUGGGAAAAGAUUCUUCAGUGGCAUUCUACGUUGGAUUAUCCGAAGAAUGGGAUGAAGUAAAAGCACUGAAAUUUAAUGAAACGUACCUUAAUUAUGGAAAAAGCUAUUUCCCUGAACAGGGCUAUUUCAAAGCUCCUCAUAAUGGUGUCUACAUGUUUGUCAUCAACAUGAAGUUUAGCCCAGGAUAUGCACUAGGGCAGCUGGUUUUUAGCCACGGGAACAGAAUGACUCUUUCAAGUAGCCAGAAAGAAUCGACUGGAAGUUCUGUGACCACUUUCGCUUUAGCAGAGAUGAAGAAGGGGGAAAAAGUGUGGUUUGAACUGCUUCAGGGCUCUAUAGUGAAACAGAGCUACCCUGGAACAACAAUGGGUGGAUUUCUAAUAUUUAAAACUUGAAGUGUACCACUGUUCAUUAGACAGCAUUUUUUCAGAUACAGUGGACCAUCCAUUACUGCCUGAUCUGAGAUUUAUUUGUAUGUACAUUUUGUGCAGCUCUAGCAUAGCACAGCCUUAUAUUUACUUUCAGGUUUCUUUCUAGACACAUUUGGGCUUUGAUUACAAAGCAUCGUAUAGAAUUUACAAAAAUGGGAUUUUAUUAAAGUUCUUCUGUGACACAGAUUAAUGCUUUAAAUGCAGUAUUUUAACCCAACAUUUCCAAACAUUUUCAUUGUGUGGAUUAGAUCUUAAUAAUAUCUUAAGUAUACUAGCAGUCCCACCUCCUCCCUGUCACAGAAUAACUUCCCUGUGGCAGCUCUAGCAAUUAAUUACGCCGAAAAGCUGUUAGUAAUGAAUAUAGUUUUAAUUACUCUUGAUGCAUUCUAACAACUGGAGAGGACAAGUCCAUAGCUAGAUCAUCCAACACAGUCUUAGAAUGCUUUGGAGACUUUUUUUUAUUUUAAAGCUACUGGAGGGAAAAGCUAUCCUAGAUUUGAUUAUAACAAAUUGGUAGGGAACUGGUUGAGAAUUUGAAAGAAGGCAGCUUAGGUGAAAGUGAUCACAAAAAUCACAGAGUUCAUGAUUCUAAGGGAUAGUGGAAGGAAGAAGAGCAAAAUAAAGACCAUGGAUUUUAGGCAGACUUUACUAAACUCAGAGAGCUGACUGGUAAGUUCCCAUGGGAAGUAAGACUAAGAGGAAAAACAACUGAAGACAGUAGUUUUUUCAAAGGGACAUUAUUAAGGGCCCAAGAACAAACCAUUAUACUGCGUAGGAAAGAUUGGAAGUAUUGCAAGAGACCACUUAGGCUUAACCAGAAGAUUUUAAAUGGAAAGUAAGUCAAAGUACAAAGGAUGAAUAUAAGCAAACAACAAGUAGUAUGUUGAGGGAAAUUAGAAAGGCAAAGGCAAAAAGCAACUCAAUCUAGCUAGAGACAAAAAGGGUAAUAAGAAAACAUUCUACAGAUAUAUUAGAAGAGGAAGACCAAGGACAGGGUAGACCCAUUUCUCAUUCAAGAGGGAGAAACAGUAACAAAAUGUGGAAAUGGCAGAAGUGCUUAAUGACUUAUGUUUUGAUUUUCACCAAGAAGUUUGAUGAUGAAGGGAUGCCUAACAUAGUGAAUGCUAGUGGAAGUGUGGUAAGGUUAGAAGUUAAAAAAGGAAAAGAACAAGUUUAAAAUAAGAAAAGUUAGAUGUCUUCAAGUCACCAGGGCCUGAUGAAAUGCAUCCUAGAAUACUCAAGGAGGUAUCUGAGCCAUUAGCUAUCAUCUUUGAAAAGUCAUGGAGGUCGGGAGACAUUACCGAAGACUGGAAAAGAGCAAAGAAGUGCCUAUCUAUAAAAAGAGAAAUGAGAACAACCCAGGAAACUACAGACCAGUCAGUUUAACUUCUGUGCCAGGGAAGAUAAGAGAGCAAAUAAUUAAGAAACCAUUUGCAAAUAUCUGUAAGAUAAGAAGAUGGUAAUUAAAGCCAGCAUGGAUUUGUAAAGAACAAAUCAUGUCAAACCAAGCUUUCUCUGAUAACAAGUCUUGUGGAUAAGAUAGAAGUGGUAGAUGCGGUACACCUAGACUUAAGUAAAGCAUUUGAAACAGUCUCAUAUGACCUUAUCAAACUAGGGAAACACAUUUUAGAUGUGGCUACUAUAAAGUGGGUGCAUAACUGGCUGAA